CAGGCAUCUUGGGUUCGAUUUUCCAUCGUCGACCUUCGCCGUCAUUAUUCGCAUGAAUUUUUCUAUGCGGCUUUCGUUCACCUGAUAAUGUCAACCCCCCCAAAGGAGACACAAUGUCCCGCGACCUCGAGCGACUGAUAGAGUCAGUCAUCACUGACAUCUCAUGCUAUGGUGACUUGGGAUGCACUGUACUGCAUGUACUCGAUUCACUCGGCACUUUUUACAAGGACACCCGACCUAGGCAAGAUGCAUCAGCAGAACCCUCUCAGCCAACAGACGAGGAUUCCAACCAGUUACUGUGGUCUACAGCCUGGGACUGGCUGAGAGUGAGGAAGGACGUCUCCGUUGGACCGAAUCGAAAGUGGAAUCAUGUACCUCUGGCUGACAUCCUCGCCUUGCCGGAUCCAGACUCUCAGGAUGGAACAGCAGCUCCCAGUACCUCAGAGGGUGCCACAGAAGAAGGUCCAGAUGACUUUGAACCCAAAGGCCUCGUCAAGUCGGCGCCGAAGACUCUAGGCCUUCGAAAGCGGCCUCGUAUAUACGUCUCUGAGGAUCGCAUGUGGGAGUCCAUUGCUGGACAUGCGCCCGACUACCGAAGGGUCCCGAGACUUGAGUGGAUGGCCUUGGUCGGUAUCGCCUCCACUAAGCAGCAGGGUAUCCUGCAAGGCGAUUUAGGUCGACUUGUUGGCCAAGACAAACGCUCAUUGCCCAAAAGAACAGAUGCUUUAGCAGAGAAGGGAUAUAUCUCGAAACGAACGACGCUCGUCAGGGGAACCAAGACCAGCAAAAUGUGGUUGACGCGCUUUGCCCCAGCUCUUCCAAUCGAUCCCUUGAAAGCAACGGCUAGUCUGCACACGACUGUUGAUAUGUCCCGAAACGCCCUGGCGUGCGACUUAGAGCCUGUCUCAUGGCGUGGCAGGUGGAAUGGGGAAUCAGUCGACUACAUCUCUCUAGCCCAAACGAUAAUGGCCAUUGUGAAGGCCUUUGGCAUCAUCAGAUAUCAUGAUCUACGGUGCAAACUGGGCAUUUUGGGUCUGAGAUGGCAGAUGAAAGUGGCAGCCAAGACGUGUCGAUUCUUCGUCCAGACUGGAGCCAUCCAGUAUGUUGGCGCCACUUUGUCUGGGAAACUUUUCAAGGACUGCCUCAAAUUCGACCACGAUCUUACGCACGAGGAUUGGGCUGCCUAUCUUGCUACGGGGAAGCAGAAAAGCAUCCAGUUUGAUCACAGUCUCAAUGGUGGAGAUCUUGGAUCUGAUCCUGCAAGCAAAACCGCCAGCAUGGACACCCCAAGUCCAGGGGCUGAACCUGGUCGUGCUCUCAACAGAAGACGAAUGAAUCCACGCUCCAGCUGGAUAGCCGACAAACCACUAACGACGACGAUCUUUGACAAUAUUUCUGCUGCAGGCUCCGCGGGUCUGUCGAAUAAGCAGUUAGGAGACUUGACUUUGGGGCCAUCCUUUCGGCGGUAUAUAUCCUCCAUUUCCUCGACAAUCUCGCUCCCGACACAGCAGCCAGUGCAUCUCAGGCACUUUCAGGUAUCGAGUGAGAUGCACCGAAAAGGCAAAUCUCAGCAAUACCGCUAUUUUGCACUCAGCGCCCAGCAAAAAGAUGCCGCCGAUGCUGAAAAUACACUCACUGGACAGAUGGGUGAUGAUCAUUCUCUGGCUGACGGGGCCUGUGGAAAGACGCUGGCAGGCCAUUUUACAGAUCCCACAGUAAUCCCUGACUUGUCCUAUAUUGCCAGUGGCCUAGCUGCUCUUGCUCGAGUUUCUGGCAAGGCGCUCAAUGCCAUCACUAAGAGGAAGGCCGAGGCUUCGGAUAUCCUGCGAGCCAAUGGGGCUCAAGAAGCUGGAGGACUGCGUCAAGCAAAGCGAAGAAGGCUUUUACAGCAGACUGGCGAAGAUUCUUCUGAAGAGGACGCGAGCUUUACAGCGGGAACGUGCUCAGAGCUGGACUCUACAACCCCCUCUGCAACGACUACCAGGCGUGGUACGAGGCGACGCCCAGCUGAAUCGGCAACGGCAUCGAGUAUCGUGACACUCAAAGUAGAUCCAUCAGCACUGUCCAGAAUACUCUCCAACAGCGAUCAAAAUCCUAAAGCCGGCGCAGGCCCACAGAUCCCUCAGGUUCCUCCCGUUCAUGGUACAGACGAGUCCACUAUCCAUGCUGCUGUUGGUCAAGAAGGCAAGCUUCAGGAAUCUUCAAAUCCAGACGCAACGCUACCAGAUACGACAGCCGAGGGGAUCGAAGUUCCUGCCGCCCUGCAAACGGAUGAGCAAUCCAUUGUCGUGGGCUCUCAACGAUUAAACCAAGAAGUGGAGAUACCCAAUGCCGAGGCAGUGGACGAUACACUUGCCGACGGCGUGCCUGUGAAGCGUGGAGGCCGUCGGACCAAGAAAGGGUCAGCAAAACCUUCUGCCCGUGGCCGCUCCAAGAUUUUCAAAUGCGACAAAUGUGGAGGAACUUGGAAGAACGACGUUGGUAUUAAAUACCACCUCGAGAAAUCGAAGACACCCUGCAACCCAAACUAUGUGGCACCUCUUAUUGGGCCUCCCGAGAAGCUUUUCCCAGCUGCGAAACGAUCGACUCUGGUGAAGCGAGCAGUUAAUCCUCCUCGACAGAUCAAACCUCGGCACUCGAGAUUAUCUGCCCUCAAUGACACUCUGGACGAUGAGGGAAGCCAGGAGGACGCCUUCGGCUUGCAUGAGAGAGGAGAUGACGCUGUCACCGCUGCUAUACAAUCCUUCGAGGCUACUUCUUUCAGGAGUAGAAGACUGCGCACCGAUCAGGGAGGGGAAUCCGGCGUAUUACAGGAGACAAGACGAGGCGCGAGAAGGGGCACUGGCAGUAAUGGGAGCGCGUCAAGGUCAUCAAGUGCACUGAAGCCGCCGGUAUCCUCGACACAGCUGCCCAUGAGUGGGCUUAUUGAUGAUCCUGCCAGCGCUGUAAGAGACAUGCCAACGAAACAUGCCUCACUUCAGGUAGCAGUCGGGAAAGCAAGGGGGGAAGACACACCCAAAGCCAAGGGCACGCAUAUCUCCCCGGAAAGCCGCAGGAAGACUCUCAUAGACACUGCUGGAAUCGAUCCACCGCAAUUUUUGACGCCAACGAAAGUGCCUGAUUAUUCGGGGCGACGAGUUUCGCACUCGGGUCCAGCAAAGGGAAGUUCGAUUGGAAGUCCCAAGAGAGCAGGCUCAGGAGAUACGGCAGCACCAGUCAUCGAAUCCAAUCCACUACCACAUGCAGAGGCGCUGAGAGCCAGUCUGACCGAUAGCAGUGCUCUUUCAACAAUACAGACCAUGGAACGGGCACUUCAGUACAUCCUACAUGCGAGUGGUGGUGUCUUCCCCGGAGGCCAGUCUCUGUGGUACGCUACCAUCGCUACGUGGGAAACUCUGUUCUCGUCUGAAGAGGCGCCGGACCAUCAAAUGUACAAAAACGCAUUGGCAAGGUUGGCGAAGAAGAAACAAGUGGUUGUCAGUACGCAUGCUUUCAAGAAUUCCAAAGGCAUGAUGGCGAACUACCAAUUGAUACGGAUUCCUGGCAUCGAAGCGUCAUCCCCGCCAGGCGCAGCGAUGAAAGCGAAUAUCAUGGCUCAUCAUCCGAGACUUUACAUCCCGCCGGCCUUCAGGCCCAAGGCAGGAAUACCCGAGGAGGACAAGCAUGACGCUCAGCCUGUCUUCUCCAGCCGUAGGAAGACAGUCCAGGUGAUGGAGGUUCUUGAUGCUCCUUUUUAUGCCAAUAAAGCAGCUAAUGAGAGGCCAAAUACGCCCCCUGAGGGAUCCCAGACCCCAAGGAAACGCAGGAAACGAAUGGUCACAAGGGAACAGAUCGCCCAUGCAGAAGAUCAAGGUCCCGAUGGAACACGCAAGAGAGACAUCUUUCGAUUUUUCAUGACAGGGCAAGUAGGACCAAUCGCUGGGCCCUCCGAAUCUCUCGGUGAUGGACGAAGCGGCUGUCCUGCGAAUAUCAUCUUUCUCAAUCCCAACACAUAUCUGGGACCCGAAAUGCCAGAAGACAUCCAACACACACCUCUUCCUGAUGCCUCGGCCCCAGAACCAACUUAUGCCACGGCCCCGCCAACGUCUGACGUGGGCCACGACGAGUUCAACGUAACCUUCGCCCAGGCCGACACUAUCGAAGGCAAUAACGGUACCUGGCCGGCGCGUGAGAGCGCAUUUUUCGACAUGGAGGACCGUAGCCUGACAAUCAGUGGCUGGAUGCCCGAUUCGCGUUGGUUCCUCCGACAGAACUUGCCUCAAAAUCUCUCUGAGAUAACAAAGUGGCGAGGAGGGCCUGGAGACAAGUUGCCCAGCAGCAGCCAAUUCUACGACUUCUCCGACCAGGUCGAUGCCUGCUUCGACUGGGAGCUGUCAACUGAGGGUAUGAAGCUCCUUUUGGCGGGGUCGAUCGCCCCGGAUUAUAUCUUUAUCGACCAUGGCAUUGAUGACCUUCCCGGCGGAUGGGAGAACCCCCAACUUGAAUGGGAUCCUGUGAACCAACUCAGUCAAUCUGCCUUGUUCAGCCUCCAAAUCGCUGAACAGGGAACGACUGCAACUGACCAUCUCUGGGGCGGCGAGAUUGGUCGCCAAAGAAAGCGCAAGCGACGACAGACCAAGCUCGGGACCGAGCCAAGAGAGCUUAUGGUCGGAAUCGAUCUGAAAAUCAGGACGCUCAUACCAUUACCUAGAGACAUGGACCUGAGAGAUGCGUCGAGACGAAACGCCGGGCUCGACGAGACGAAUGAAACCAUCUUGAUAGCCGCAUUCGUCGUGACAAGAACACUUCUUGGUGGUGCCGACCGAAUUAUAGAAUGGGGUCUCAUGAUGACCUUGUUUCCCGACAUGGCCCUCAGCGCCAUGCGACGAUUCUGGUCGAAAGCCAGAAAGGAUCGUGGAACUUUCAUCAGCCAGCUUUCUGAGCGAUUCCAGAUUCAAUUUAUCUCAGCCUACGAGAACGAAGAAUUCCCACCCAUUGACUUUGACAAUUAUGUCGACUACGACUGGUCGCGCCUUAUCAAGUGGACCGCUGGUCUUAUUGAGGAUUCGCAGGAAUUGCCUGCCAGCAAGACUGCUCUGGAACGGGGUUACUCUCUCGGCUCAGCUUGGACGGAUGUUACCAACUGGCGCGACGAGUACUACAACUUUCAGAUGUCUGUCUUUAACAGAUUCGAGGCGGCCACUUCACGCCCCGCGACUUCCCUCGUGGAUAAGGAUGGGGGAGCGCUGUCACAGGACAGUGAGGACCUAGCCAUUGCCAUGUCGUGGUUGCGCUCCCUUUGCUACACGCAUCGCGAUAAAUAUGCGCCGCAAGAUAUCAGGAAGAAGAUGGCGAGCAUCGGAGGCGGAGACGAGGAGCGCAUCCAAUCACUUCUUGAGCAAGCGGUCGAGACUCUCCAAGGUCAAGGUGUCAUCACGGAUAGCAAGCUCAAAGCACUCGAGGGCCGCCCUUACCGCCUCACCGAGACAUUCUUGCCGCGAUUCAUAAAGUGGACUAAUGAGGUCAAGUACAUCGACGCCGCCAAGUUCAAACAACGACUUGAUGUAAGCUUCCGACGGGGCGAAAAGAUCCGGAUUCCCUAUGUCUUGAGGGAUGGCGAGGUCAUGGCCAUGAUGAAUUUGCAGGCGUACGGAAGAGUUGCCGUCACCACAGUUGAUGUCCCGAACAUCCCUCUCGGUUUCGACCCGGGCAAUUACGAAAGUAGGAAAUACCCCAAGUCGUACUACAACUUUGGUCUUGAGAUCGAAGCCACAGAGAAGUACAUUUACGAUGAAGAUUUGGCCCUCCUACAAAAAGCCAAGCACAGCAAGCCGCCAAGGGAAAACCACAAUCGGGCGGUUCCACUGUGGUCGGAUUUUUUUGGGGAGCUCAACCAUGAUCGUUGGGCACAAGUUCUUGGCGCAGUUGCGUUCGUUGUCGCAACUCGAGGACCCCUGGAUGUCGCGUCCGUUUGUGCCGUGCUCAAGCCAUAUGUACAAGAGUUUGAGGUGCAGAUGGUGUUUGACUGGGGGGAAAGAUACGGUGUGUUGAAGGGUAUUACCUAUGGAAAGAGUUUCACCGUGGAUGAGUGGUGGUGGCUGGUCGUUGGACAGCAGCGGAAUGUUGUGUGAACGACUCGUGAAGGAGG